AUGAUCAAAAACGUAUCCAAUAACUCCACCGCUGCCGUCUUCAAGUGCCCAACUUGUGGGAAAAGCUACUCCAGAAAGGAUUUUCUGGCAAGACAUCAACUGAACCAUAAAAACAUUAGACCUUUUAAAUGUGAAACUUGUGAUCUAAGCUUUACUAGAAGAGAUAUGUUGUCAAAGCAUUGUAAAUCUCAUUCUCAUCAAAAAAUGGUGGAGCAGAAAGCUAAAGCUACAACCAACAACAUUGAAGAAGAUGUUGAUAAUAACAAAGUUGACCAAUAUCAAACAAGUAGUGAAGCUGUUAGUCCUGCAACUUUCAAUGAACCUAAUAAUGAGAACAUAGAUACAAACUCUUUAGAUGAAAGUCCCAAAGAGUUCUUAUCGUUAUUAGAUAUGAGUGGUGGGUUUAUUGAUAAUCUAUUAUGGUUAUUCACUGAUAAUUUCCCCGAGGAGAUGCUGAAUGAGAAUAACUUGGUCUCACAUCCUGAAAGUGCAGUUAUCGAUGUUGAUGCUACUACAAAAUUUGACAUUGCACCUGCUAGCUACAAUGUUACAGAUGCUCACACCCAUAUGUUUGGUAGUAAAAGAUUCAAGAUUAAUGAAACUACAAGGUUGAAAAUAUUGGAAAUUUUCUCAGAUUUGGAAAGUUUGAAAAACGUUUCAUUGUCAAGAUUGGAUGAAUAUAUGGAUCUAUAUUGGUUUAAUUUUGCUCAAACAUUUCCUAUAAUUCAUCAAGUUACAUUUGAUCCUAAUAAGGCUGAUAUUUACUUAUUGAUUAGUAUUUUGAUUAUCGGCAUGGCUCAUACAGCUGAUCGAUUAGAAUAUGAAUUAUCAAUCCAAAUCAACAAAAAUUUUAGAAGAAGGAUCAAAGAUGUCAUUGAUGAAGAUACUCAACUAUCUUUACCAAUCAUGCAAGCUUUAAUUUUACACAAUUUCUCAGCGAAAAACUUUGGUGAUACAAAAUUAACACAAAUGUCCCAAAUUGAUCAUGGUUCAAAUCUGUUAUAUUUGAAAUUUAGUGGGUUUUUAGAAAACUUGAGUGCAGAGCCAGUUAUUCAUAAGUCAAAAGAUUCAACAAGUGAAGAAUUGUAUGAACAAUGGCAAAAAUGGAUUUAUUACGAAACAUCUAAAAGAACAGUUUUUUUUGAAUACAUUUGUGAUACUCAACACAUCACUUUUAAUAGAGCUGAAUUAUCACAAUUUGAUAUAAAAUCAGAGUUACCAUGUUCAGAUCAAGUGUGGAACGCAUCAACACCCGAAGAAUUCUUUGCAGCUUAUCAAAUCCAGCCAAAUAGUUUAGUCACAAGGCCAAAAUUAAAUAUUCAUGCAAAUGAUACAACAGAUAAUCUUCAAAAACAUAGAACAAGACCAACAAGACCAGUUUUAGGGAAAUGGCCAACUUUUUUAUGGACUCUAAAAUCAUUCAUGACUGAAUAUAGAGAAAAUCAAAGAGAAUUUUCAUUAAACUGUUAUUCAUUAUUCUCAAGAUAUAUUAUUCUUCACAGUUUAAUAAGAGUUUGUUGGCAUGCAAGGGGUCAUGGAUUACUUGAUUUAGGAAUCAUUUCACAAAAUAGAUUGAAUGAAUUUUUCAACAAGUUGGAAUUGGCUUUUGCUAAUUGGAAAGGUUAUUUUGAUCUUCAUAUAAAACUUUAUGAUGAUCAAUUAAACACAGUUGAUCCCAAGAAAGGUCAAGUGCUAUUAAACAACUAUGGUCCCACAAAUGCCUGUUGGGCCAAUUUAAGUUUUUUCUAUGUUGGGCUAUUCACAUUAUAUGCUGAUAUUACUUCAUUAUCUAAGUUUGCAACUGAAUAUAAUAAACCAUUAUCAACUAAAUUCCAUCAGGAUUUAAAAGAGUUGGAGCAUGAAAGAAAUAUAGUCUUGGUGGAACAAUGGGCAAGAUCUUCAAAUGCUGAAAUUGCCGUUAUUGAAGCUUGUAAAUAUUUCACGCUGGUUUAUAAACAUGAAGAAACCAUAAACACUUAUUCCCACGUCCCACCGUCAGUGUUAAUUGCAACUAUGAUUAUUUGGUGCUUUGAAAAGAAGAAUUGUUUUUAUGAUCUUGAAAGAAAAUUAAAAAUAGGGUCCAGGGAACAAUUGAAUUUGAAACCUUCAAAAUAUUUUGAUAGAAGAGGUGAUAUUAUACAUUCACUUGCAAGGGAACAAGCACAUAAUUAUUGUGAAUUGAUUGCUAAACAAGCAAAUGAUCGUGAUGAUGAUAGUCAAACUGAUGAUGAUGGGAAAGAUGUAAAAAGUUUGAAAAUUCAAAAGAUUAAAGAAUAUAAGAAAAGACAGGAAUAUACUGUUGGUGUUGUUUGUUAUGGACUGGAUUUGAUUAGACACUGUAAAUGGCCUCAUUCUAUUGAUAUUGUGGAAAAACUUGAACAUAUUGUCAAGUCUUAUGAUUAA